UGGCCAACUACUGAGGGUAACCGACCAAUAGAAAAGUUACAGACGGGUUCCUGGAGUCGUGGCUUUUUGACGAUAAAUUGUGAGAAGAGAUGUCUCCGAAACUUUUGUAUGCACUGUUUUUAGUGUUACUUUGUCAUGCAAAAUCUUCAGAUGGACAGAAGAAGAAAGAGACGCUUCUCUCUGAGAAGGUCACCCAGAUGAUGGAAUGGGCCAGCAAGCGCGCUGUCAUCCGCAUGAACGGAGAAAAGUUCCGGAAGCUGAUUAGGGCUCCUCCGCGGAACUACUCCGUGGUGAUCAUGUUCACCGCGCUACAGCCUCAGAGACAGUGCGCCGUGUGCAGACAAGCAGAUGAGGAAUACCAAAUCCUGGCCAAUUCCUGGCGGUACUCCAGUGCCUUCACCAACAGAGUCUUCUUUGCAGCUGUGGACUUUGAUGAAGGAUCAGAUGUCUUUCAAAUGCUCAACAUGAACUCGGCCCCCACCUUCAUCCACUUCCCCUCCAAAGGGAAGCCCAAGAAAGCCGACACCUACGAGCUGCAGGUGCGAGGAUUUGCAGCGGAACAGCUGGCCCGUUGGGUGGCAGACCGCACCGACGUCCAUAUACGCGUGAUCCGCCCUCCUAACUACGCGGGGCCUCUAAUGCUGGGCUUCCUGCUGGCGGUGAUCGGAGGACUGGCGUACCUGCGCCGCAACAACCUGGAGUUCCUCUACAACAAGAACGUCUGGGCCUUCUCUGCUCUGUGCUUCGUGCUGAUCAUGACAUCAGGCCAGAUGUGGAACCACAUCCGAGGACCUCCCUACGCCCACAAGAACCCCAACACAGGCCAAGUGAGCUACAUCCAUGGCAGCAGCCAGGCCCAGUUUGUGGCUGAGACUCACAUCGUGCUCCUCUUCAACGCCGCUGUGACUAUCGGAAUGGUCCUCUUACACGAAGCAGCCACGUCUGAAAUGGACAUUGGCAAGAGGAAAAUCAUGUGCAUCGCUGGGAUUGGGCUGGUGGUGCUCUUCUUCAGCUGGUUACUAUCCAUCUUCAGAGCCAAAUAUCAUGGAUACCCCUACAGCUUCCUGAUCAGCUAAACACAGAACCAAUGAAGAGGACCCAGGCCUCAGAAAGAAGAAAAGAGAGAGACAGAGGAUCCCAAGAGGAGGAGUCAUUGUGUUGAAAUGUGCCUUAUUUUUCUGUGCUGGUAGUUUCUGUUUGUUGUUGUUGUUGUUGUUGUUUUCCGUGUCAGUUCGGUCUUUUUUUCAUCUGUAUUUAAUUUUUGUUGAUUUAUUUUUUUCAUUUUCAAAAGCAAUCUUUUCAUAGCUUCACCUUAGGUAUAAAGCCAAUACAAAGUCUGUCACAUGGAGAGAAAGACAAUGCAUACGGACAAUGCAGAAGAUGCAUACACAGUCGUUAAAUUACUUUUAAAGAUACAUAAGUGAUUCUAAGUAUUGUCCGCAUAAAGUCUUAAAAUGGUGAUUAGAACGUGAAUUGUGAAUGGAAAACUGCAGCUGGUUUAGAAUAGAAGUUAGUGGGAGAAAAGAACAUUUGGGAUCACGCAGAUGAUUUGCAGACUUGCAUUGUUUCUUUUUUUCUACCUCAUGGUAAAAGUGCACAUCACCUGUUCCCAAAUCGCGACAACAGAUAAGAUUUCCUGUAGGUACAGUUUCACUGCAGUUUGCCCGGGCAGCCCAACUUGAAUGAGAUUUGAGAGAUAAGAAAUGCACUUGUGGUGUUCGUUCGUCUGUGGUGGUAGGUGAAUGUAUAGCGGAGAUGGUGUAGACGUGUUUGAAUGUUUUGUUAGUGUUUUUGGACAGUGCUGGUGCUGCUGUUCUAAUGCCUCAGGUCAUGCUUUCUGCCAUUCAAGUGCCUUAAUAAAACAACUUUCUCUGCGGUCUUCUCAGUUUA